CAACAUUCCCAUUCAGAGAGAUCCUCCUUUUAUUUUCUAGAAUGGAUGGCUUUGCAAAUUGAAAAAACAGCUGCCUUAGUACAAAUAAUCAGGACCAGCAGCAGCUCAUGACAGCAGAGCCGAUAGCAGCAGAAUCACAGCUGAUGACAGAACUGAUUAUUCCAGAGUGGCUGCAGAGACCACCAGAGCAUCACCCUUCCAUGGUGCCGCAUCAGGAGAUACCAGACGUCCUGCUACCUUUUGAGAAGGAUUAAUGCACACUUGUUUUUGCUAAGGAGGCUAAAGUGACAUUACAACUGUUUAAUCCUGCUCUGUCAUGUAAUGUGACCCAGACAGUGAGAUAUCUCUGCGGAGACCAACUCAGCAUCUUCACUCUUACUGGAUACUUCAACUAAGCUGUGACUAGGAUGAAUCUGAGCGAGGACAAAUCACUUCUUGGGUUAGCACAGAAGCCAAAAGAAGCAGCUCCCACUCCAACUUAAGAAAAGCUUUGUGAAAGCAUAUUUAUCAGUGUCUACAUUUCAAAGACAAUCUCUACUUGUCAACAGUUUAUUUUAUUGUUUGUGUAAAGACUGACAGAGACAGUUACGGAAUUCUCAGUUUCUGCUACAUCACACAUGGUGGUGAAUACAAUCAACUUUUUACGACAUAUUUGACUUGUCUUUCAAAUCAGCUAUGGAUACUAUUCCUGACACUAUGUUGCGUUGAUUUGCGCUAUCUAUAUAUCUAUAAUAUAUAUAGAUAUAGAUUUCUUUCUUAUAGCACAGUUCACUAAAGACGUCCAGAUAUGUUGACAAUGACAGCAAUGUACAUGAAUGGAAGUACCGCAGGGAACCAGCGAUAUGCUCGGUGGAACCGGAAGGAUGGUUUGGAGGACUAUGCACAGUCUGAGUGCUAUGAACAGGAUGGAGAUGGGAAGACACGCAAGCUAACACCCUUUGAGAAACUUAUUCAGGACAUGUCACGUGAUGAGAAGACAGUGAAAGAGCUGACUCUGGGCAAACGGAUCGGCUUUUAUCGACUUCGUGGAGAAAUCGGAAGUGGAAACUUCUCACAAGUAAAACUUGGAAUUCAUGUACUUAAUAAAGAAAAAGUUGCAAUAAAGAUCUUGGAUAAAACCAAACUGGACCAGAAGACCCAGCGCCUGUUGUCUCGUGAAAUCUCAAGCAUGGAGAAGUUACAUCAUCCCAAUGUGAUCCGACUGUAUGAAGUGGUGGAAACCCUGUCCAAACUGCACCUGGUGAUGGAAUAUGCAGGAGGUGGAGAGCUUUUUGCAAAAAUUAACACUGAAGGAAAGUUAUCAGAAUCCGAAAGUAAAAUUAUCUUCUCGCAGAUAGUCUCUGCUGUGAAGCACAUGCAUGAUAACCAAAUAAUACAUAGAGAUCUGAAAGCCGAAAAUGUGUUCUACACAAGCAACACGUGUGUGAAGGUUGGAGAUUUUGGAUUUAGUACAAUCAGUAAAAAAGAUGAAACACUGAACACCUUCUGUGGUUCUCCUCCAUAUGCAGCACCUGAGCUUUUCCGAGAUGAAAAUUACAUUGGUGUCUUUGUGGAUAUUUGGGCUUUGGGUAUACUUUUAUACUUCAUGGUGACUGGAAGCAUGCCAUUCCGAGCUGAUACAGUGGCCAAAUUAAAGAAGUGCAUUCUCGAUGGAACAUACACCAUCCCACCUUAUGUGUCUGAACCAUGUCAGAAACUGAUCAAGGGGAUGCUUCAGCCAAUACCAUCUGACAGAUGCAGUGUGGAUCACAUCGUAAACAGUGAGUGGAUGCGUGGGGUACAAUACCCAAAGCCCCUGGAACCAUUCAAAUUAGACCCAAAACACUUACUGGAGGCAAGUGCUCUCAAUGAGGAUGAAUUAGAAGUGAAGAUUACCUUGGAAACUUUAGGCAUUGCAGAGGAACAUAUUCUUAACAACCGGGGAAAAGACUCACGGAGUUCCAUAACUGGAAUUUACAGGAUUGUUCUUCACAAAAUGCAGAAAAAGAAGGCAAUCGAAAGUGUUCCCAUAGUAACAAACCCAGAACCAAAGGAUAAAUACACAAAGAGGCCUCAUCGAACACGCCGAGAAAUAAGGCAUACAUCUAAAUUUUGUUCCAUUUUAUAAACUGUGUUUUCAGUUCUUCACCUUGUAAAUUAAGCUCUUCUUGGAUGCUAGAAUUGUGGCAUCUUGGAGCAGCUUGAUUCUGUUUUUUUUAAUACUAACAUGUUGCCUUUCAGAAUACAUUUCUGAUACUGAUAUUUUUUAUUGCUAGUAGCAUGGUAAUUGUUGCUUAAAAGGGAACUGUCAUUUGCCAGUAUUUUUACCAUUAUAUUUUCUUAUUGCAUCGAUUUAAUAGAUAUGCAUCUGGAAGGUGCAAAAAUAAAAUUAAUUUUAGAUAUAUACAACUUUUUAUCUGGCAACUGGAAGCCUCCAUUUUGAGUCCAUGUCAGUCAUCGUUAUUAUCUUCCACUCUUUGGAACAGUAAGCAUUGAGGAAGUCCCGGGUGUGCCUCACUUGAACUGGAUUGUUGUGUAAUUUGCUACAUUUUUAAUAUACAUGCAAAAGACAACAGUGUCACAAGGAAAAAAGUGUCACAAGGAGUGUCACAAGGAAAAAAAGUUGACACAUCAGUGAUUUUCAAUAUAAGUGACAGUUCUCCUUUAAGAUAAUUACUCGAAACAAAGAAGUACAAUUGUAAUGACAGUGCUUCCAAUUACACCAAAUUCACCAUCUUCUCUAAUUUUAAUGAGAACUUCCAGCUGUGCUCAGCUGUUUUCAGUGCCAAAAUACUUAAUAAGUAAAUAUGGUUCCAAUAUACAACUCCAACAGCAUUAAAAACCAUCUACUCUGUCAAGACUUAUAGUAAAGAAAUCACAAAUUGAUCAAACUCUUUGGUCUCCUCUUAAACGAAAUGCUUAAAGGGAUAAGACAUGAAAAAAUAUAUUUGGGAAUCUGGCAUCCUCCCUUGCAAUUAAGUGGAUAUUACAAGGUUCUAGAGCAGGCAUAGGCAACCUUUGGCACUCCAGAUGUU